AUAAGCUAAACGAAUUGAGGCUACUGGAGCAGGAUUUUUUGGCUGAGGAGCAGAGCAUCUUGAAACAGCAAGAGGAGCAGCAGGAUGACCUGGACCGCCAGUGUGAAGAGAUGGCAAGGCUGGGUCUGGACAAAGGGAUGCUGGUGCCUCAGCUGCAGAAAGCGAAGGAUUUUGUUGCAGAAUUGGAGGCGGACGUGCAGGCAGAGGAUGAAGCACUCGAGAACGCAGAGGAGGUUCAGCAACAGCGCAUCGAUGCCCUGCUGUCAGUCGUGAUAAAGUUCAGAGAAGCCUUUGGCCUUCGCUUCGACCCCACUCCUGAUGGCUUGCUCCGAAUGACCUUUACGAAGAUUGAUCCCCUGAUGCCUGAAAGGCAGUUCAUUGCCCUGCUGGAUAUGGGCGGUGACAGGGACAACAUCCACCUUUUCUCCCUUAUUCCCAUUGAGUCGCAAUAUCUGCGCAGUGGUGAGCAGUGA